UGCCAGCAACUUCCGGGCGCUCGGGCGCCUGCUGGGCAGUGACGUGUCCAACAGGUCCGACCGGUCUCACGCUCUGGCUCCUGCGCUUGGACUCCAGGAUCUGUCUUUGGAAACAGGCCCCCGAAGGAGAGGAGAGGCCGGCCGGGGGACCGAAGGGAGCCGUCCCGAAGCACUGUAGCUCGGCCGGGGGAGGUUGCUCGAGCCGGUCCAGCCUGGUGAUCGGGGCGGCUCGGGGUGCCACGCCCCGCCAGUCAGCUGGCCGGCGCGGACAGUCACGUGAUGCGGGGCGGUGCCGAGCAGGCUGAAGGGAGGGAAGCGGCAGGUCUGGGGGAGUCAAACGGCGGGACCGGCGGCGGCGGCGGCAGCAUGGCUGCGCUCUACGGGGGUGUGGAGGGGGGAGGCACACGAUCCAAGGUCCUCUUGCUCUCCGAGGAUGGGCAGAUCCUGGCAGAAGCAGAUGGACUGAGCACCAACCACUGGCUGAUCGGAACAGACAAGUGUGUGGAGAGGAUCAACGAGAUGGUGAACAGGGCCAAGCGGAAAGCAGGGGUGGACCCUCUGGUACCUCUGCGAAGCUUGGGUCUCUCCCUGAGUGGGGGGGAGCAGGAGGAUGCUGUGAGGAUCCUGAUGGAGGAGCUGAGGGACCGAUUUCCCUACCUGAGUGAGAGCUACUUAAUCACCACUGAUGCUGCUGGCUCCAUCGCCACCGCUACACCAGAUGGUGGAAUCGUGCUCAUUUCUGGGACAGGCUCCAACUGCAGGCUUAUCAACCCUGACGGCUCGGAGAGUGGCUGUGGUGGCUGGGGGCACAUGAUGGGAGACGAAGGCUCAGCCUACUGGAUUGCACACCAAGCAGUGAAAAUAGUGUUUGACUCCAUUGACAACCUAGAGGCGGCUCCUCAUGACAUUGGCUACGUCAAGCAGGCCAUGUUCAACUAUUUCCAGGUGCCGGAUCGGCUAGGAAUCCUCACCCACCUGUACAGGGACUUUGAUAAGUGCAGGUUUGCUGGCUUUUGUCGGAAAAUUGCUGAAGGUGCUCAGCAGGGAGACCCCCUGUCUCGUUACAUCUUCAGGAAGGCAGGGGAGAUGCUGGGCAGACAUGUUGUGGCUGUGCUGCCCGAGAUCGACCCGGUCUUGUUCCAGGGAGAGAUUGGCCUACCCAUCCUCUGUGUGGGCUCUGUGUGGAAGAGCUGGGAGCUCCUGAAGGAAGGCUUCCUUUUGGCACUGACCCAGGGCCGGGAGAUCCAGGCCCAGAACUCUUUCUCCAGCUUCACACUAAUGAAGCUGAGGCACUCCUCCGCCCUUGGUGGAGCCAGCCUAGGGGCCAGGCACAUCGGGCACCUCCUUCCCAUGGACUACAAUGUCAAUGCCGUGGCCUUCUACUCCUACACCUUCUCUUAGGGCACUGCUUCUGGCUCCGCCCCCUCCAAGCCCAGUGGACAUUGGGUCCUGGAGGGGGAGGAGUUUUGUUUUUGUUUUUUUUAAACACAUAGAAGAAAAUAAACGCACUUUACCCACUUCC